UCUCUGUUAACAAUUCCAUUAGUAAUGCUGACUAAGAUUUACAAUGCUGAACUGGCUCCCACGUGGCAGUCACCCCUCCCAAUAAAAAUUGACACAUGUUCAAAGCAAAAAAUAAAAAAAUAGAAUUAUGCUCUAUUCUUUCUAUUUUAAUAUGUCCCUUUCAUUCACUUCCCCAGAUCUGUGGUUUGCCAUCCCUCCCUCCUCCGCCACCUACCACCAAGACGACAACCACCUUCUCCGAAAUCCUCCUCCACCCCUCCCUAGACCUCUGGCCCGUCACCGCCGUCGUUGUUGACGGACCACCACGUAGAUUCGUCACCUGACUUCAAUCUCUCGUUUGCUUAUGAGCUACCGAUGGCAGAGCCUCGGCCCAUGCAACCCAUGCACAACCAGGGAGGUCCGCGGCGAUCCAACCGUAGCCCGAAGCCCAACCCACGUUAUGAUUAAAUGUUUUGUUUAUUAUUUGCUAAGUAGGACAAGGAUUCUCGUUAUCAUUGUAAGAACUAUUUAAGGGUGGGUUACGUAUGAAUUAGGUAUCGAAUAAUAAAGUUAAGGUUUAUCGACACCAACGUCGUUCUCUCGCUUGUGAGUUACAAGCAAAACCCUUGAGUAGAGGGAAUCAGUUCAUCAAUUGGUAUCAUAGCCAUGGUCCUCGACCUAGCCGCAAUCCACGCGCUGAAGUUACGAUCGUUAGCACUCCGCCAGGAUAUCACAGAGACUUGUGGAGAAGCGGCCGCGACGCUGAAGCAAAUCAGGGCUAGAUGCCAAGAAUGGGACACAACUAGUGAGCGCGCAAACCUCCAAUGCGAGAAGCACAAAGAAAUUCAUGCGGCUGCUAGGGUUUCAGGUCCCAAAACCCUACGAUUUCAGGCGCAACUCAAAGGAAUUCCGGUUGUGGUGUUGGUUGACAGUGUAUCUACUCACAGCUUCGUUUCCGAAACCAAGGCGGAAGAAAGCAAGUUGGCGUUGGAACCGAUUGAGCCGUUUUUCAUCCUUAUUGCGAAUGGCGAACGAGUGCGCUGCCAUGCCAAAUGCGCGGACGUCCAGCUCGGCGUACAAGGAACGACGCUGGCAGUAUAAUUUUUUGUUCUCCCCAUCCGCGGCUUAGACAUGAUAUUGGGCUGCAAUGGCUGGAAGAGUUAGGGCAAGUGAUUUUUGAUUGGAAGGCGCUAACGAUAAAGUUCAAAUGGCGUGACAAGGAUUGUAUGCUACAGGGCAUACCCGCGACGCUGCGACAGGCGACCCUCGACGAGGUUUGCAGCGAAGACGGCAUGGUAUGGGCGAUUUGUCUCCCACUACAAGCUAAAGAUAACGCACCCCUAUCGCCUGACCUACAAGAAAUUUUACGAGACUUUGAGGCAGUCUUCGAGACCCCGACAGAAUUACCCCCGUCGCGAACUGGGACAGCCAAAUCAAGUUAAAGGAAGGGACGAACACAAUUAAUUUUCGGCCAUACCGCUAUGGAUACCACCAUAAAGGGGAGAUCGAGAAGCAGGUCUAGGAGAUGAUGAAGGUCGAGUUUGUGCGACCAAAGCUGGAGCCCCUUCUCUUCUCCAGUUCUAUUGGUUAAAAGAAAGAUGGAACGUGGCGAUUUUGUAUGGAUUACCGUGCAUUGAAUGCAGCAACCAUCAAAGAUAGGUAUCCAAUUCCUACGGUGGAGGAUAUGCUGGAUGAAUUACAUGGUGCCAAGUAUUUUACCAGACUCGAUCUACGGGCUAGUUACCAUCAAAUUCGAAUGGCCGAAGAAGAUGUACACAAAACAACCUUCUAAACCCAUAAUGGCCACUACGAAUAUCUGGUCAUGCCAUUCGGAUUAUGCAAUGCGCCAUCAGCCUUCCAAGCAGCAAUGAAUGACCUAUUCCACAAGGUCCUGGGGCGGUAUGUGCUGGCCUUUUUUGACGAUAUCCUAGUGUAUAGCUCGACAUGGGAGGAUCACCUACGACAUAUACGGGACGUGCUCGAGACACUACGCUAACACCAAUAUUAUGUGAAAUUUUCCAAGUGCACAUUCUGUCUGAGAGAGCUGGAGUAUUUGGGACACAUAAUUUCUGAUACAGGCGUGAAGGUAGAUCCAGGUAAGAUUCAAGCUAUGACUGAUUGGCCACGGUCCACUAACAUUACUGAACUGCGAUGAUUCUUGGGUCUUACAGGGUUUAUAGGAAAUUCGCUCGUAACUAUGGGGAAAUCGCCAAACCAUUAACGGAUCUCCUAAAGAAGGGCGGUUACAAGUGGAAUGAUGAGGCAAAGGCUACUUUCAACAACUUAAAGCGCGCCAUGUUCACGACUCCCACGUUCGCUAUGCCAAAUUUUCACUUGCCCUUUGUCAUUAAAGCCGACGCGUGCGGGAAAGGCUUAGGCACGGUAUUAUCACAGCAAGGGCGACCCAUUGCGUAUAUGAGUAAGGUAUUGGGACUGAUAAAGGAAGCUUGGUCCACUUACCAAAAAGAUAUGCUCUCCAUUACGACAGCGAUGCAAAUGUGGGGCCCCUAUCUUUUGGGACAGAAAUUCCAAAUUUAUACCGACCAACGGAGCUUACGACAUCUCUUCGAUCAACGUGUGGCGACACCGGAUCAGCUGAAGUGGGCCAGCAAACUGAUGGGGUAUGAUUACUCAAUUCACUACCGAACUGGGACCAAUAAUAGGGUGGGGGAUGCAUUAUCACGGAUAACGAGUGGACCUCGACUGAAUGCUAUGUCGUAGCCCCUGCCGUCGUUUUGUGAUGAUCUGCGAGCGGCUAUGGCGCAAAACUCCUACUUGCAGGAUGUCAGGGAGCGAGCCUUGGCUCCGGACCCUGGCAGUUAUGCGUAUCGGCAAGUUCUUGUCUUCUACAAGGGGCGGGUAGUUUUGCCACCAUUAUCGAGCUUGGUGACAAUGGGGCCGGAUAGAAUAACAAUAGUCCUUUUGU